GAAUCGCAGCCUUCCCCGCUGGCUCUGCUGGCAGCUACCUGCAGCAGGAUCGAGUCUCCCAACGAGAACUCCAACAGCUCCCAGGGCCAGCAAGGUGGAGACGCCUCCAAAAGCCGGCCCGUGAGCACGGGGCAGUACGUGGUCACGACCGCUUCCAACCUGCAGAACCAGCAGGUGCUCACGGGCCUGCCGGGAGUUAUCCCGAAUAUCCAGUACCAGGUCAUUCCCCAAUUCCAAACCAUCGACGGGCAGCAGCUCCAGUUUGCCACCACCCCUGCCCAAGUCAACGUGCAGCAGGAUGCCUCUGGUCAGCUCCAGAUCAUCCCCGGCACGAACCAGCAGAUCAUAACGAGCCGAGCAGGGACGAGUAACCUCAUCGCCAUGCCAAACCUGCUGCAGCAGGCCGUCCCCAUCCAGGGCGUGGGCUUAGCCAACAACACCCUCUCGGGGCAAACCCAGUACGUGGCCAACGUCCCUGUGGCUCUGAACGGCAAUAUCACCUUGCUGCCCGUCACCAGCGUGGCCGCCAGCCUGGCUCCCACCUCUCAGACGGUCACGUUGAGCAGCUCCGGCUCUCCGGACAGCAGCUCCCAGCCUGCCACCUCGGGCGCUGCCAUCAGUUCCACCAACACGGCCACGUCUCACGCUAGUUCCGGCGCCUUUUUUACCAACGCCAACAGCUACUCCACCACCACCACCACCAGUAACAUGGGCAUCAUGAAUUUUUCCACCAGCGCGACGGUGGGAACCAACGUCCAGGCGCAGACGCCCCAGAGGGUCAGCAGCGUCCAGAGCUCGGACUCUCUGCAGAGCCAAGUUUCUGGGGUGGCUUUGCAGCCGGGGCAGCAGAAAGAGGGGGAUCAGAGUCAGCAAUCGCAGCAGCAGCAGAUCCUGAUCCAACCUCAGCUAGUUCAAGGAGGGCAGACAAUCCAAGCCCUCCAGACCACCCCGCUCUCUGGCCAGACCUUUGCCACUCAAGCCAUCUCCCAAGACGCCUUGCAGAACCUGCAGCUCCAAGCUGUCCCCAACUCCGGGCCCAUCAUCAUCCGAACGCCCACGGUGGGUCCCAACGGGCAGGUGAGCUGGCAGACCAUCCAGCUCCAAAACCUUCAGGUUCAAAACCCCCAGGCCCAGACAAUCACCUUGGCCCCCAUGCAGGGAGUGUCGCUGGGACAGACGGGCAGCACCAGCACCACGCUCACCCCCAUCGCCUCCCUCCCCAGCGGCACUGUCACGGUCAACGCUGCCCAGCUCUCCUCCAUGCCAGGCCUCCAGACUAUUAACCUCAGUGCCUUGGGAGCGUCUGGGAUCCAGGUGCAUCAGCUGCAAGGGCUGCCGCUGGCCAUAGCAAACACUGCCGCCGGGCAGAGGAAAUCGAAGGCAAACCACGUCGCCUGGCUGCACGCAGCCGGCUCCGUGCGCCGUCUGGACUCUGCGGGGUUCAGGGCGCUGGCACGGCUGUGCCAGGGCUAG